AUGACUCGAUGGUCGGCGUCUACACCACCAUCUACCCUACAGUCUGCGCAACCACAACCAUCGCCACAGCCCUCGCAACCACCUCAUCACAUGCAAACUCCGCCACCACCGCCGCCUUCCACCUGCCUCCACGUCGCGCUGUUAAGCGGCAUCACCGUUGUGUUUGGUUUCGCCUGCGUUUGUGCGGUCCUCGUGGGCACGAGCAUCAGCAGCACCGUGCGCAUCCCACCGAGCCAUGAGCCCAACACCACCGCCCACAUCCACGUCGAUGCGUGGCUCGAUGCAUUCCGGUUCGCGUCGGCCUUCUCUUGCAACGUGCACCUUGUCGUGGCCAUCGUGUGCCUUGUCAUAGCUAUGGUAGCGGCGUCGUGUCCGUCCAUCGUGACGCUUCCCCGGUCCAAGCUCGCGUUUUGUGUGUACUUAGCGAUGCUCGUGAUUGCAGUGGCGACCGCGGUCGUCGGGUUCGCCUCGGUCACGAUCGUCAACGACUGGUUGCUGGUCAAGUACCCGUCCACAUCAGCAACCGACAAUGAAGCCCAAGUCGCCCAUGGCUAUCACUACGCGCUCUGCACACGCAAGUUCUGUGCCGCGAGCGCCACAACCUUGGAUUCGUACUUUGAUCUUAAGCUAGCCAACUUGUCUAACGGACAAACCAGCAUCCAAGAUGUGUGUACAGCAUCGGUCUCCAACUCGUCGUUCCCUCCAUUGGUCCGUCAAGCAUGUACAGCAUGUACAAACGAACCAGACGACACUGCCGCCACUUCGGACCUCCUCAACUGGAUGGCCGACGUGUGUCCUGGCGAUGUCCCAACUAGUACUACUACGAAUACUACUAGUAGUACUACCCCGCCUCCUUCUAUCGACGCGUUUUGCGGCCUCGUGUUGACGGACCGAGAUCUGGCGCCUAUUCCGAGCUUUGCCUCGCCAUACAAACGGUGCCGCCGACCACUGCUAGCCGAGUGGAUUUAUUAUGCCAAGCGAGUGGCGGGGGGCAGUACGAUAUUGGCCGCGUCCACCGUGUUAUUUAUGGCCGUGCUCUGUCGUCGUCCACAACAGACUUAUCCGUUGGCGCCACCGAUUGCGAACGUGGGAUCGACCCAUUACACAACCAUGAACCGCGUCUAA